UUGACCUUUCAUAUCGUAGGUUCAGAAGAAGAACUAUCGACAGGAAAAGAAGAGGGUUGCCAAAGAGCUGUUCAGUGCACUUAAGGAUCCAAGUGUGGUUAUUAUGUCCAACUGGCUAAAGAUUCGGGGGUCGUUGAAGAGUUGGACGAAAUUGUGGUGCAUCCUGAAGCCCGGCAUUCUCCUGAUAUACAAGACGCCCGGUUCAGAUCACUGGGUGGGAACGAUUCUUCUCAAUGCCUGCAAACUCAUCGAAAGGCCAUCAAAGAAGGACGGAUUCUGCUUCAAACUCUACCAUCCACUGGACAAGUCCAUAUGGGCCAUGAAGGGCCCUAAAGGAGAAUCUGUGGGCUCCAUCACACAACCCUUACCUAGUAAUUACCUGAUCUUCAGAGCAGCGUCCGAAUCUGAUGGGCGCUGUUGGAUGGACGCUCUGGAACUGGCUCUCAGCUGCUCCAGCCUGUCUAAGAUGACGGCUAAGAGUGGCAGGGAUGGAGAUCUGAGCAGCUCCUCUGAGUCCUCACACAUACUGCAGCUGCUGCAGAGCUCGGCUCUCACCGACCAGGACCUGCUGCAGUUGAAUGAAUCCAUGUUGGAAAACCAUAUGGAGAACGACGCCAACUCGGACAGAUCGGAGAGGGAGGCACAUGAAGACUCGGACAAUGCGACUAAUGAGAACGGAGGCAGAUUGACGGAGGAGAGCGAUAUGGACCAAUCAGAUGACGUGUGCCUGCAGGCCACAGCGUUUGUUGAAGAAGCCCAUGAAGAGAUAGGAGAGGUUGGCGAGGCGUCCCAGGUUGAGACGGUUUCAGAGGAGAAUAAGGGUUUGAUUUGGACUCUCCUGAAGCAGCUGAGGCCAGGGAUGGACCUGUCUAAAGUGGUUUUGCCAACAUUUAUCCUGGAGCCACGUUCAUUUCUGGACAAGCUGUCGGAUUACUACUAUCAUGCUGACCUGCUGUCCCAGGCUGUGAUGGAGGAGAGCCCAUACUGCAGGAUGAAGCAGGUCUUGCGCUGGUAUCUGUCAGGCUUCUACAAGAAACCAAAGGGUCUGAAGAAACCGUACAACCCUAUUUUAGGAGAGAUGUUUCGAUGCUGCUGGCUGCAUCCACAAACAGACAGCUGUACAUUUUACAUCGCAGAGCAGGUUUCUCAUCACCCUCCCGUUUCAGCUUUCUACAUCAGCAAUAGGAAGGACGGAUUCUGCAUUAGUGGAAGCAUUCUGGCCAAAUCCAAGUUUUAUGGGAACUCGCUGUCUGCCAUACUCGACGGAAAGGCCAGGCUCUUGUUUCUGACCCGAGAUGAAGAGUAUAUCAUCACAAUGCCAUACGCUCACUGUAAAGGGAUUCUGUAUGGAACAAUGACAUUAGAGCUUGGCGGAAAAAUCACCAUUGAGUGUGAGAAAACACAAUGUUACACAGAACUUGAAUUCAAAUUGAAGCCUUUUCUUGGCAGCUCUUGCAACGUUAACCAGAUUUCUGGAAAGAUCCGUAUUGGCGAAGACGUUCUGGCCACAGUAGACGGGCACUGGGACAGUAAAGUGCACCUGACUGAGAAGAGGACGGGCCAGCAGGAGGUGCUGUGGAACCCCGGUCCAGACAUACGCAGACAGCGGCUGAAGAGACAGGUGGUGCAGGUCGACCAGCAGGAGGCGUUCGAGUCUGAGAGGCUGUGGCAGCAUGUGACCAGAGCGAUUAUGGAUAAAGACCAGAUGAGAGCCACGCAGGAGAAGUUUGUGCUGGAAGAGGCUCAGCGGCAGGAGGUCCGAGAACGAGCCGAGCGGCUCUGGAACCCACGACUCUUCACCUUCAACAGCGACACUAAUGAGUGGCACUACAGAUACCCCGACGCUAAGCCGUGGGAUCCGGAGCGCUGUCUGCUGCAGUUUGAGAAAGACGGCAUCAUCCAGACAAAAGAGAAUUCCCAGCACCAACGCAGAAGCUUCUACAGCCAGAACUGGGCUGCACAGCAGAAGGUGCGGGUGAACGGCAAACACAGGAAGUCGAGCAGCCAGCCGUCCAGCUGCAGUCAGAACACAGAGAGCAGCAGCAGCACACCAGAACCCAACCAUGAGUCAUCCGACAAUGAAGGCUUCAUGAACCAGUGUGCAAGAUGCACUAAAGAAGGGAAGGACAUCGCCCUCAUAGAGGCCUCGGUAGCAGCUAUACAGAAAACACAGCAGGACAUCCAGAGAAACCUGAGUGCACUGGGUCGUCAGAUCACGCGGCACAAGACAGCAGAGGAAAGCAAGUCCUUGAGCGGCCGCCACUGUCUCAUCCUCUGCAUGCUGUUGCUCUUCCAGCUACUCAUCAACUACGUCUUCACUUGAGAUGCUGUCACCUAGAGACCAUCGCCUAGCAAUAAACACAGCCAAACUAUCACCGUCACAUAGCCCCUUGAAUGCCCCGCCGUGUUGUUGCUACUGACUGUAGCCACACCAUAAAGCACCAAGCACUUCAAUUAGAGAGAAAGAGACUCUUUUUUUUAAUUAAUAUGACCGAUAAUCAUUUCAGAGUGGAUGUACAAUGCUGUACUGCCACUCUCGGUAAGUGGCGUGUUCCCUCUUUCCUAUGUACUUCCCUUUCUCUUGCAAUAUAGUAUUUGUGGCAUAUUUGAAUGCAGUUGAAUGGGUUUGUGUGUCUAUGUUCACGUUACCCACAAACUCCUCUUCCAUUUAUACACCGGGCCUUAAUACUGAUGCCAAAAAGGGGAAAAAAAUAAGCGAAAAGUCAAUGAAGUCCGCCAGUGCAAUUUUAUUAUGCUUUCAAGUCAACGACUGACCACAUAAAUUUGCUCAUUUUAUUAUUUUACCAAAACAGUGUUUCUGCAUAGAACAGUACAGAGAAGAGUAAAUGUUUACAAACUUGAUUGUACACAAAGGAAACAAUGCUCUGACACCAAAUGCGUUGUGUAGAUUUAGAUGAAGUUAACAGAAUUGGAGAGAGGACUAUGAUAACAGAAUGAACAAUUAGCCAUAGGACUGUGGCAAGCUGGUUUAACAUUUAAUCCUUAAAACGUACUAGUAUCUAGUUUCAUACUACUGUUACUUAUAUUUUAGCCACUAGUAUCUAUUCUAUUAAGUACUAGUACUUAUUCUUUAGGUACUAGUUCUUAGGUGCUAGUACUUAAUCAUUAGCUACUUGUUCUUAUUCAUUAUCUACUGGUGCUUAUUCUUUAGCUACUAGUUCUUAUUCAUUUGCUACUAGUGCUUCAUCAUUAGCUACUAGGGCUUAAUCAUUAGCCUUUAGUGUUUAUUUAUUAGCUACUAGUUCUAAUUCAUUAGCUACUAGUUCUAAUUCAUUAGCUGAUAGUUCUUAUUCAUUAGCUACUAGUUCUUAUUCUUUAGCUACUAGUGCUUCAUCAUUAGCUACUAGUGCUUAAUCAUUAGCCUUUAGAGUUUAUUUAUUAGCUACUAGUUCUAAUUCAUUAGCUACUAGUUUUUAUUCAUUAGCUACUAGUGCUUAUUCAUUAACUAGUAUUUCUUAUUCUUUGUGUUACUAGUUCUUAUUCAUUAUCAACUAGUGCUUAUAGCCACUAGUAACUUUUUAAAGGUACUUUUACUUAUUUCAGCAGUAACUAGUAACCAUUCUAUUGUUACUAGUAAUACUUUUCAAAUUGUUGACAUUGACUUCUAUGGGAAUCUGUCAUUCACAUAUCAACUAUUUAGUACUAGUUUUAUGUUAUGACUAGUCAGAAUAGCCACUGUAGAGUUCAAUUAAAAAUUGUACUAGUAAUAUUUGGUAUAAGUACUAGUAUCUAUUUGAUAAAUAGGAGUAUCUAAUGAAUAAGUCCUAGUAUCCAAUAAAUAAUAACUAGUAUCUAAUAAUAGGUACUAGUAUCUAAAAAAUGAGUACUAGUACCUAAUGAACAACUACUAGUAUAUAAAAAAGUACUAGUAAUCUUAUGUCACAAUCUUAUGUUAUGCCACUGUACAGUUCAAUUAAAAAUCGAACUAGUAAAAUUUGUAAUAACUACUAGUAUCUAAUAAAUGUGUACUAGUAUGUAAUAUGUAUGUAAAACUUGUAUCUAAUAAAAAAAAGUACUAGUAUGUAUUUAAUAGGUACUAGUAGCAUGAAAAAAAAUAUUAGUACAUUGUAAGGAUUAAAUGUUAAACCGGCUUGCCAUAAUAAGAAUAUUCAUAUUCAUGACUGUUUGUUGAGCAUUGGGUAGGUCAGUCUCAAUAGGGACAUGUGAGGCCUUCUGGGAAGUUCCAGUUCAUUGAUUUUGUUCGUUCAAUAACGAAGGUGUGACCGAGUAAUCGAAAGUGUAUAUGUUUGUUUGGGAAAUUUGAAAUUGAGAAUGUAUUUAUUUGAUCAUUUCACUUGAUUUGUUUUAUAUAUAAUAAUCGUAUUGUUUUUAAGAACACAUUCAUUCAGGUUUUCUGGGAGCAAGUAGAGUCAAGCAUCAAAUCCCUUUCUCUUCCUGAGGUUUUUGCUGUUGUGAAGUUUGAGUGACCCCUUAGUGGGGAAAUAUUAAGGUCAAAGUACAAAAUUUCCAAUGCAGGAUUCAUAUAGGAAAUUUAUGCUUGAAUGAUGCGUGAGCUCCUGAGCCAUAGUUCAACCCAUUGAAAUGUACAAUUAUUUUUCAUUUCCUUUUUUUCCUUUGUUACAGAGCACAGUACAAUGUUAUCUUGUCUGAAAACUGAAAUGAAUGAGAUGUCAAUGGCUCACUGUUUAUUAAUGAUUGUUGCAAUUACAGCACCACAGUAAAGUUUUACAUUUCGACAUGUUGCUUUGUCCUUUUUGAAACA